CCCGCGCCGCGCCGCGCCAGAGGCUCGCGCACUCAGCGGGUUCGGUAGCGGUGGCGGCGGCUGCCGUGGGAGUCCGUGCUCUGCGCGUGCUAGCUCCCAGCCGCGUCUGCGGCGCCCGGCCCGCCACCCUUCCUCCUCUCUCCCCUCAGUCUCGGCGCCGCGUUCUGAGGGAAGGAACGGCGCUAGACUAGCGAAGCCCGAGCGCACCCCGACAGCCUCCGACCACCGCCCUGCGUGCGGCCGCGGGCCUCGCACGGUGCUAGGCCACUCUGCGGGCGGCGGCGGCCGCCGGUCGGCGAGAGUCGCGCUCCCUUCAGCCUCGCCCCUCCGCCUGGCCCUGUGGGGGCCGAGAGGACUCGGCGGCUGCCCUUCCGCUCGACCCUCUUCGUCAGCCGGGUAGAGCUGCAGCGCUCUGGGAGAAGUCUGUGCGCUGAGGCGGCGGCAGCUCCUCCUCCGGCUCCAUCAUGUCCGCGGGCGGAGACUUCGGGAAUCCGCUGAGGAAAUUCAAGCUGGUGUUCCUGGGAGAGCAGAGCGUUGGAAAGACAUCCUUAAUCACCAGAUUCAUGUAUGACAGUUUUGACAACACCUAUCAGGCAACAAUUGGCAUUGACUUCUUAUCAAAAACAAUGUACUUGGAGGAUCGAACAGUGCGAUUGCAAUUAUGGGACACAGCAGGUCAAGAGCGGUUCAGGAGCUUGAUUCCUAGCUACAUUCGUGACUCCACUGUGGCAGUUGUUGUUUAUGAUAUCACAAAUGUUAACUCAUUCCAGCAAACUACAAAAUGGAUUGAUGAUGUCAGAACAGAAAGAGGAAGUGAUGUCAUCAUCAUGCUAGUAGGAAAUAAGACAGAUCUUGCUGAUAAAAGGCAAGUGUCAAUUGAGGAAGGAGAAAGGAAAGCCAAAGAGUUGAACGUUAUGUUUAUUGAAACCAGUGCAAAAGCAGGGUACAAUGUGAAACAGCUUUUCCGACGCGUUGCUGCAGCUUUGCCUGGAAUGGAAAGCACACAGGACAGAAGCAGAGAAGACAUGAUUGACAUUAAACUGGAAAAGCCUCAGGAGCAACCAGUUAGUGAAGGAGGAUGUUCCUGCUAAUCUUCCCCUGGCAUCUUCAACCCUUCUGCAGAAGCUCACUGCUUUGGCCCCCAUAUUGACUGCAUUGUGAAUAUUGGCUUGAACCUUUUCCCCUCAGUAAUAACAUUGCAAUUCAUCAUU